AUGGAUGUCAACGGAACAAAUGACAACCUUGAAACCACAAAUUUAGAAAGGCGAAACACUCAAGCUCUCUAUCCCGGAGACCCUCAACUUGACAAUAUGGUUGUUCUUUUCGCAAAUAACGAAUUUAGCCCAUCGCAAGGCACCCAGCUCGAUACUGAACGUAGGGAUUCGCGUACCGUGGAAGAAAAGAACGACCUUCUUCGUUGGGCCAAGGAAUUUGAUGCAUCUCAUCCUUAUAUUUCCCGGGAGGAGCUCGCACGACGACGGCAGGCUUCUAGCGGCAGUCUUCAAAGUUCGGCCUACCCCUCGCGUUCGUCUCGCACAUCGCAAGGCCUCCAGCUUUUCGAUACCGAACGCCGAAAUGAUGUGCUUAUAGAGAAGGGCGACCUUCUUCGUUGGGCAGAGGAAUUUGAUGCAUCUCAUCCUUAUAUUCCGCGGGAGGAGCUCGAACGACGACGGAAAGCUAAGGAGGAAGAACGUGCCAAGACACAAGCUUCCUUUUAA